GUAAUGCUUACUCCACUCGUGUGAAUGCCAAGUCUCAUGCACAUGCUUCACCGUUCCCGACGCCCUUCCAUGCGCUACGUUCCUCCAAAGAAAGGCGGUGUCGAGGCUGCCAUGGAACAUCUGCACCAAGUCGACUUCUGUCACGUGCAUGCAAUCGCAAGUCGCACACCAUCGCCGUCGAGCAAGCUGAUGGAAGGAGGCGACAAUAAAAAUGUCCUUGCUAGGUCCAGCGCGAACCUUCGACUGUACACUGUCACGAUGCAAAAUGCAAAAUCAGGCCGCAGUUGGAUUGUGCGCCGUCGGUACUCGGACUUUGCGGCCCUUCGAAUGCGUCUCUUGCAAGUGGUCCAGCCGUACUACUUUAUGCUUCAUUCCGUCGUGGACAGACUCAAGCUUCUGCCAUUCCCCAAACGUAGCGCGUUCAUCACGCGCUACGUCCGCCGCCACCGGGAAGAAUGCUUCCUCGCGUACCUCCGCGGUGCCCAUGUGCUCUUGACAAACCCUGACUAUGGACUUGACGAAGACGUGAAGCUCCAAUGUGCGUCGAUCCUGCGAGGAUUCAUGGGGAGCCAGGAUGUGAUUGAUCCGAUGCACGUCGAGUACUUUUGUCGCGACGUGAUUCCGCAAUACGAUCUCCACAUGAUCGAUCGAAAAUGCAUUGCGCGCUGUGGUGUCCUGGACACCGUACUGGAAGAAGACGGACCUCAUGCAGUAUUGAGUGAUGAGACCAGCAGUAGUUCCUCAACCUACGGGGACGUCGAGAGUAGCAGCUCCUGCAUAAGCAUAGCCGUGGCCGACAAUGCUGUCCCCCCGCGCAGCAUGUACUCAACGAAGGCUGCAUGUACAAUCAAACUUUCGUCCACGUCCAAGGCGUACGCAAUGCUCUUUCCACGCAAGCUGGCAGCAUGCCACCAAGGCGUAUGAGUGUAGUGCAUCAAGUAGCAGGGUUUGCCAACACCAGCGGAAGUGUUGCCGCAAUCAAGUGAUGGUACGAUAGGCCCAUCACAUGCCAGCUCAGCCAACUUGUCUCACUAUUAAAGAAUAUGCAUUUUGUGGAAAAUUCGAAACCAUCGAGCCA